UGACAUCAUUGUUAUCUUAAAUGGGUGAGAAAUGUAUUUCUUGUCUUAAAUGGGUGAGAAAUGUAUUUCUUGGACUGAAUGUCUUUAGUAAAGUACAAAAUAAAUCCCUUUAAUAUUAUUUUAAAUUUGGUCAUUAACAGUGUUUACAAUUCUACUUUCAAUAUUAACCCAACAUUGAAAAGAAUCAAUAAUCCUAUUGAGUUGGUCAAACAAAUACUGUUCCCAUAAAAGGAAAGAGAACUGGAUUUUGAAUUAAAUAUGUGUACAGAUGAAAAGGUUUAUUUAUUUAAGUCCUAUAUUGAAUUGACCAUUUGAUCUUACUACUCUACUUGAUUUCAACAAUAAUGGUCUUUUAAUGUAAUAAUUGAAUGUUGACAUUUAAUUGUGUCAUCACAAUGUUAAUCCUUCAUAUUCUAGAACAUCUUUUGUUUACAGUGUUAAUCGCCUUUUUCAAAAACAGAUUAUAGCGAUGAGUCAUUAUUCUGGAAGGUUCCAGAAGUUUGACAGAAAAAUCUAUUGAAUGUAUGUUAAGAAUAUAAAUAAUCUUUCAACUUUCUAAUCUGGAAUGGUCAAUAACAACAAGAACUACAUUAAUUCACGACAUCAGUUUCUAAGAAUAUCACGACAUCAGAUGUUGAUAAGAAGUUGAUAUUGAUGCCACUUGACAAUAUAUAUUGAGUGAAAUAUUCAAAUCUUUAUCAUUUCAAUCCUUAUACUUGAUAUAUACACAUCAACUAAAAACCAUGAAACUAGUACCAUAUGUAGACAACCCAGAACACUGGUUGAAACUUAUUAGAGCUGGUAGACAGAAUAGAUUGAAAGUAUCUCAAACAGGAAGAGGGUGUAUAGGCAUAGAUGACAUUAAAGAAGAUACUAAACCGGUAUUAAUCAUAUCACCCAUGACUGCAGUUGUCGACAGAGCAAAGGCACAAUUGAAACGUCAACAUGAAGAUAUGAAACAUGAAGAGUAUAGACCAUCUAAAGAGAAACAACAAAACUCUGUAAAUAUAAAGAAGAAACAUCCAUUUAAACAGAAAAAACAAAACACUUCGAAUACAAGAAAGAAACGGACAUUCUUAUACAAACCACCUGGUAUCCCAGCAAGGAUGGACGAUUAAAGUUAUUUGUAUAUAAUACUGAACGAUAUGAAUAAAAAUAAAUAACUAAAGUUUCAAAUGUUGUUGCUAUUUACAGUCAUU